CUCGUCCCCGGCGGCGCUGAGGGUGCCUCCCUCUCACCGAGAGAGCUCGUGGGCGUUGCUGGGGGCAUCAAGUCCCGAACAGGAAUGUUAUGCUUUUAAACAAGAGAUAAAACUGCUGAAAAACCAGAGCUAGACCCAGCAACGAACUAAUGGAGGUGUGCAGCAAAAUGGGUUGAGAGCACAGCUGCCUUAUUCCACUUUGUUUUUGCACUGUCUUCAGUUUUGCUUCAGAGAGUACUCCAUAUCUAAAUGGGUUUGUCAAAUUGGCAAAGAAGAAUAGACAAACUCUGGUGUCUGUUGCAUCCUGAUUUAUCCACUUUGCUUCUGACAGCCUAUGAAGGAGAUCUACUGCAGUGUGCCUGUGAACCUUCCGUGCAAACAGAUAAGGAAUUUCUGUUUUCAACCAGUGCUGGCUGAGCUGAAACUUCCUGCACCGUGUGGAGAGCAUGUAUAAAAGGAAUGACUUCAUGGCCAGUGUGAUGGUCACCUCUGCCACUCCAGAGGGUAGUAGCAGCUCAGAUUCCCUGGAAGGGCGAAGUUCAGAUUAUGCCAAUAAAAGCUAUGAUGCAGUUGUAUUUGAUGUGUUGAAAGUAACUCCUGAGGAGUUUGCUAGCCAGAUAACAUUGAUGGAUAUGCCAGUAUUUAAAGCUAUACAGCCUGAGGAACUAGCCAGCUGUGGAUGGAAUAAGAAAGAAAAACACACCCUUGCUCCAAAUAUUGUUGCCUUUACUAGGAGAUUUAACCAGGUCAGUUUUUGGGUUGUACGAGAAAUAUUAACAGCACAGACCUUAAAAAUAAGGGCAGAAAUACUGAGCCACUUCGUGAAAAUAGCUAAAAAGCUUCUAGAACUGAACAAUCUUCAUUCUCUUAUGUCUGUGGUGUCAGCACUGCAGAGUGCACCUAUCUUCAGGCUCACCAAAACUUGGGCUCUUUUGAAUCGGAAAGACAAGACCACCUUUGAGAAGUUAGACUAUUUACUGUCUAAGGAAGAUAAUUAUAAAAGGACACGAGAGUACAUCAGAAGCUUAAAAAUGGUUCCUACAAUUCCAUAUUUAGGAAUUUAUCUCUUGGAUUUAAUCUACAUAGAUUCUGCAUACCCUGCUUCAGACAGCAUAAUGGAGAAUGAACAAAGAUCCAAUCAAAUGAACAAUAUUCUCCGAAUAAUAGCUGAUCUGCAAGUAUCCUGCAACUAUGAUUAUCUCACAACACUUCCCCAUGUGCAAAAGUAUUUGAAGUCUGUCCGUUACAUUGAAGAACUUCAGAAGUUUGUAGAAGAUGACAAUUACAAAUUAUCUUUAAGAAUUGAGCCAGGUAACAGCUCUCCUCGACUGGUUUCCUCCAAAGAAGAUCUUGCAGGUCCAUCUGACAUGUCAGCAGUUAUGAAAUUCAGCAGGAGACCCACAUGCCCUGAUGCCUCAGUUGCAGCAAGUCUACCUACACCUCCUGUACCAAGGCACCGGAAGAGUCACAGCCUAGGAAACAAUAUGAUGUGUCAGUUGAGCGUCGUGGAGAGCAAAAGCGCCACCUUCCCGACGGAGCGGCCACGGCACCUGCUGGACGACAGUGUCCUGGAGUGUCACAGUCCAGCGCGCGGCCACACGCCCAGCACACGCCUUGCCAACGGCCUCUCCAUAGAUAGCAGUGAAAGCUCAGAAUUUAGUGAGGAGCUGCCGUCAGGGCUUGAAAGGGGUCGUUUAUAUGCCACACUGGGGCCUAACUGGAGGGUACCACUCAGGAAUUCUCCUCGGAGUCGAAGCUGUGUCUACAGCCCAACGGGCGCAUGCAGCUGCACAGCAGGUGGUCCCACCGGAGUCAUUACCAUGGAAGGGCCUUUAAGAAGAAAAACACUGCUCAAAGAAGGCAAGAAACCUACUCUCUCCUCAUGGACUAGAUACUGGGUCAUGCUUUCAGGAUCAACUCUUCUGUACUUCGGAGCAAAAGCUUUAAGAGGCACUGAAAGGAAACAUUAUAAAUCUACACCUGGGAAAAAAGUCUCCAUUGCAGGCUGGAUGGUGGCACUGCCUGAUGACCCAGAGCAUCCUGAUAUUUUCCAGCUAAAUAACCCUGACAAAGGCAAUGUUUACAAGUUUCAGACUGGUUCAAGGUUUCAUGCAAUAUUAUGGCAUAAACAUCUGGAUGACGCGUGCAAAAGCAACAAGCCUCAGGAAACUGGUGUGACAUACCUCUUACCAAGGAUACAUCCCUUUGGAGAUAGACAGCUUUGGAUCUGAAAGAGAACUGUAUUGGAAAUAAAGACACUCUAUGUGGGACAUCUCUAUGACUGGAACAAAGGUCCAUAACUUAUGGCCUUUGGCACUAGAAAAGAAAAUCCCACCACAGAAUUCCUAUGAAUGCCAACCUUGUAUUUUAUUGUAGAAAUGAUUCAGCUAUCGUGUCUGUCUCUAAAAGUAGACAGGACUCCAGGACUACUGGAUUUUUAUCAUUGUGUAAUUAUCAAUUUCCCUGUACUUUUUUGAAAUUGACUUGCAUUUUGAAAAUAUAAUGGCUAGUUUGUGUUUCUCCA